CCUAUUGUUGUCUCACCCAACAUGCUCUAAUUAUGUCGAUUCUUUCUAUGAUUCUUUAUAAUUCCUCUUUAUCCCACCAUGAUCAACUUCAAAAAUAAACCCUCAAUGCCCUCUCGCCGUGUCACCAUCCCAGCCCUCGUGCUACUGGCCCUGUGCAUCCUGGCCUUCCUCAGCUUCAGACUCGGCAAUCCCUCCGCCCGUUUGUUACCACACUCACCUCCUUCAUCCCCGUCUUCGCCCGACUUCUGGACCUGGGAGACCGUCUCUCGUUUCCGUCCCUCGCCCAGCGCCGCGUCGUCCGAGCCCGACAUCUGCGAUUCCUUCCCCUCCGAAAUCCUCCCGCGCGUCCAGGUCGUGUUGAAGAUUGGCGCCUCCGAACCCGCCGAUCGCAUCGAGGCCCAGUUCGCAACGGCCACCCGCUGCAUCUCGAAUCUCAUCAUUGUCUCCGACCACGAGCAGGAAUUGAAAUCGCACCAUGUCCACGACAUCAUCGCGACCCUUCCGCAUUCCUACCGUGUCGACAAUACUGUCGACUUUGAAGCCUACGAGGCCUUUUACGUAAACCACACCAUCAAGAGCAAUGCCACGAACACGAAUACGGAAAAGCAAAUGACGGGCGCAAAGGGCUGGAAGCUGGAUCGGUUCAAGUUCCUCCCCAUGGUCGAAUACGCCUACGAGGUCAAUCCGACGGCCAAUUGGUUCGUGUUUAUCGAGAGUGACACCUACGUCGUCUGGGAUAAUCUGUUCCGGCUGCUGGACAGCUAUAAUCACCAUACACCGCUCUACUUUGGGUCGCCUUCGCCGGGUAGGAAGAACAAGGAUGAUGAGACGACGUGGUUCGCGUACGGGGGUGCUGGGUUUGUCCUCUCCUCUGCGGCGGUUCAGAAGGCGGUUGUCCGGAAGGCUGGUGCAAAUGGGGAGUUUGCUUCGCCGUCGUUGACGGAAGAGUACCAGCAGCUUGCUCGUGAGGAUUGCUGUGGGGAUUCGAUACUGGGGUGGGUGUUGUAUCAGAAGGGGAUUAAACUGUCGGGAUUGUGGCCUAUGUUUAAUCCUCAUCCCCUGCAUGGGAUUCCUUUUGAUGAUAAGCACUGGUGUCAGCCGGUAAUCACCCUUCACAAGACACUUUACUCGGAUAUGGAGUCUUUGUCGAAAUAUGAGCAGCAGAGGGGUCAGAAGCAACCUCUACUCUAUGCAGACCUGAUCGACUACCACAAGAUCGGCACCUUUGAGCAAAAAACCGACUGGGAUAACGGCGACUGGGGUGGCUGGCAAGAACCCCUCGAAUCGCCCGGUCACGCCUCCAUGGCAGCCUGUAAAGCUGCCUGCCACGACCAUCCGGAAUGUCUGGAAUACACCUACGAUUCAUCCGGCCACUGUGUCUUUGUGCGCACAGUCCGACUCGGGGGACCGAAAACCGACCUUCCCGAUGGGAAUCGUCUCUCUGCCGGAUGGGAUCUGGAAAAGAUCGCCAACUGGCGCAACGGUCGACAGUGCGAGAAGCCGUUGUGGGUGAAGCCGAGUAUUACUCGGAUAUUUUAAUCUGUAUUGG